UCUAUGGUGUCAGGGGCGCGGCCGCUCUAGGCGGGGGGAGGGUUGAUUCUCGCUCCUCGCGAGUCCUCCUGGCUGUUCCGCUCCGCUUCCGCUUCCGCCGCGGCCGCCCCCGCCCCCGCAGCCGGUGUGUCCGUCGCCGCCCGCCGCCGUGUUCUAAGGAACUGGAACCAUGACGGACUCCAAGUACUUCACAACCAAUAAAAAAGGAGAGAUUUUUGAACUGAAGGCAGAACUCAACAAUGAAAAGAAAGAGAAGAGGAAAGAAGCUGUAAAAAAGGUUAUUGCAGCCAUGACUGUGGGGAAGGAUGUCAGCUCGCUCUUUCCAGAUGUUGUGAACUGCAUGCAGACUGACAACUUGGAGCUGAAGAAGCUGGUGUACCUGUACCUGAUGAACUAUGCCAAAAGUCAGCCGGAUAUGGCCAUUAUGGCUGUUAACAGCUUUGUGAAGGACUGUGAAGAUCCAAACCCUCUGAUCCGUGCUCUGGCAGUCCGUACAAUGGGAUGCAUCAGGGUGGAUAAGAUCACAGAGUAUUUGUGUGAGCCUCUUCGCAAGUGUCUGAAAGAUGAAGAUCCUUACGUACGAAAGACUGCAGCUGUCUGUGUGGCAAAGCUGCAUGAUAUCAAUGCCCAGAUGGUGGAAGACCAAGGAUUCCUGGACUCUCUGCGUGACCUGAUUGCGGACUCCAAUCCCAUGGUGGUAGCAAAUGCUGUCGCUGCCUUGUCUGAGAUCAGUGAAUCGCAUCCCAACAGCAACCUGCUGGAUUUGAACCCUCAGAACAUUAACAAGCUGCUGACAGCUUUAAAUGAGUGCACAGAGUGGGGCCAGAUCUUCAUCCUGGACUGCCUGUCCAACUACAAUCCCAAAGAUGAUCGCGAAGCUCAGAGUAUCUGUGAACGGGUAACCCCUCGACUGUCUCAUGCCAACUCGGCGGUGGUGCUGUCAGCAGUGAAAGUCUUGAUGAAGUUCCUGGAACUUUUACCCAAGGACUCUGACUAUUACAACAUGCUGCUAAAGAAACUUGCCCCUCCAUUGGUUACCCUGCUGUCUGGAGAGCCCGAAGUUCAGUAUGUUGCCCUGAGGAACAUCAACUUGAUUGUGCAGAAAAGGCCUGAAAUCCUGAAGCAGGAAAUAAAGGUGUUCUUUGUGAAGUACAACGACCCCAUCUAUGUCAAAUUGGAGAAACUGGACAUCAUGAUCCGCCUAGCUUCUCAAGCAAACAUUGCCCAGGUCCUGGCAGAACUCAAGGAAUAUGCUACUGAGGUGGAUGUUGACUUUGUGCGCAAGGCCGUCCGAGCAAUUGGGCGCUGUGCCAUCAAGGUUGAGCAAUCUGCAGAGCGCUGUGUGAGCACACUGCUAGAUCUUAUCCAGACCAAGGUCAACUAUGUGGUCCAGGAGGCCAUUGUAGUCAUCAGGGACAUCUUCCGCAAGUACCCCAACAAGUAUGAAAGCAUCAUUGCCACUCUGUGCGAGAACCUAGAUUCCCUGGAUGAACCCGAUGCCAGAGCUGCCAUGAUCUGGAUAGUGGGUGAAUAUGCAGAAAGAAUUGACAAUGCUGAUGAGCUGUUAGAGAGCUUUUUGGAGGGCUUCCAUGAUGAAAGUACCCAGGUGCAGCUCACGCUGCUGACUGCUAUAGUGAAGCUGUUCUUAAAAAAGCCUUCUGAGACGCAGGAGCUGGUUCAGCAGGUCCUCAGCCUGGCCACACAGGAUUCUGACAACCCAGACCUGCGGGAUCGUGGCUACAUCUACUGGCGCCUUCUUUCCACGGAUCCAGUGACUGCCAAAGAAGUGGUCUUAUCAGAAAAACCGCUUAUUUCUGAAGAGACCGAUCUGAUUGAGCCGACUCUGCUAGAUGAGUUGAUCUGCCAUAUUGGGUCUCUAGCUUCUGUGUACCACAAACCACCCAACGCUUUUGUGGAGGGGAGCCACGGGAUCCACCGCAAGCAUUUGCCAAUUCACCAUGGAAGCACUGAUGCAGGAGACAGCCCCGUGGGCACAACUGCCGCUACAAACCUGGAGCAGCCGCAGGUCAUUCCAUCGCAGGGUGACCUUCUCGGUGACCUUCUGAACCUGGACCUGGGACCCCCGGUGAAUGUUCCCCAAGUGUCCUCCAUGCAGAUGGGUGCUGUGGACCUCCUGGGAGGAGGGCUGGACAGCUUGCUUGGCAGUGACCUUGGCGGGGGCAUUGGAGGAAGUCCGGCAGUGGGGCAGACCUACAUUCCUUCUUCUGUGCCAGCCACCUUUGCCCCUUCACCCACCCCAGCGGUGGUGAGCAGCGGACUCAACGAUCUCUUUGAACUCUCGUCUGGUAUAGGCAUGGCCCCAGGAGGAUACGUGGCUCCAAAGUCUGUUUGGUUGCCUGCAGUGAAGGCUAAAGGAUUGGAGAUCUCGGGCACGUUCAGUCACAGGCAGGGACACAUCUACAUGGAGAUGAACUUUACCAAUAAGGCUUUGCAGCACAUGACCGAUUUUGCCAUUCAGUUUAACAAGAACAGCUUUGGGGUCAUCCCAAGCACCCCGCUGGCCAUUCACACACCUCUGAUGCCAAACCAAAGUAUUGAUGUCUCCCUGCCUCUCAAUACCCUGGGACCAGUCAUGAAAAUGGAGCCUCUGAACAACCUACAGGUGGCUGUGAAAAACAACAUUGAUGUCUUUUACUUCAGCUGCCUAAUUCCUCUCAACGUGCUUUUCGUAGAGGAUGGCAAAAUGGAGCGCCAGGUCUUCCUCGCAACAUGGAAAGAUAUUCCAAAUGAAAACGAGCUUCAGUUCCAGAUUAAAGACUGCCACCUGAAUGCCGACACUGUCUCCAGCAAACUGCAGAACAACAACGUCUACACCAUUGCCAAGAGGAACGUGGAAGGCCAGGACAUGCUUUACCAGUCCCUGAAACUCACCAACGGCAUCUGGAUCUUGGCUGAGCUUCGCAUUCAGCCGGGGAACCCAAACUACACGCUCUCUCUGAAGUGCCGAGCUCCCGAGGUGUCCCAGUACAUCUACCAGGCCUACGAUGCCAUCCUGAAGAACUGACGGAGCUCCGCCAGCGCCUCUCCCCGCGGAAGGAGGAGGAGCGCGGGGUGCCGGACCCUCCUCCGCCGCGGGCGCGGGGAAGAGCCCGCUCGCUGGGAGCAGCCGUAUUCAUGUGUAGGAUUUCAGUCAAACGCACUGAUUAAACAAGGUAGCAAUUAGUAUCCACGUGCUAACGAUGAUAGGGAACAAACCCCUUUGAUAUUUUUAGCGUCCAUGGAAACUUUGUAACCACUGCUUCGACUACUCCCCCGUCCCCCCUGCCCCUCACUCGUCGUCCGGUCUUGUGGGCUUCUCCAUCUUGUGCCAAUGUUCAGUGUUUUCUAAAUGGCUUUAGCGUAGUUAAGAUUUUGUAAAAUACUGCUCGUUGGAAAAAAAAAGAAAACAAGCAAAAACCACACGUCUGCUCAUUAAAACAAGGCAAAAGUGUCGAAAACAUA